CAAAGGCUACGUGUGACUGAAUAUACUGAAAAUCUUUGGGGAGAACCAUGGCAACUAUACUAGGAGUGGAUCACAAAGUGUUUGCGGUGUCUACUAUAGCUGUCAGUGUGGGAAUUGCGGGAUAUUCCGUGUAUCGACUAGUGCAAGACCGCAAACGUCAGAAGCAGACGAACAUUUACGAAUCUCAAAAGCUUGUCUCAGAGUACUUGGUGUUUCACUAUGGUAGCCCAGAUGAAAUCCUGCGAUGGUCAUUCGGGCCCAAAAACUGUCUAGAAUUCCCCAAGCAGUGUGCAGAUAUUUGUAUGAAGUACUUUAAACAGGGUGACAGUAUUCCUCUGCGAGCCUUAGACAUUGGCUGUGCGGUUGGUCGGUCAUCUUUUGAAUUGGCUCGCAUGUUUGAGAAGGUGAUAGGAAUAGACUACAGCCAGGCAUUCGUGGAUGUGUGUGACCAGCUGAAGGCUGAUGGAAUGAAACACUAUGCUGUCACUGAUGAGGGAGAUCUCAACACAGAACGCAUUGCAGUUGUCCCUUCCAUCAUUGACCGGGGCAGGACCUCAUUUCAGCAAGGUGAUGCCUGCGAUUUGCCAACAUCGCUAGGGCAGUUUGGCUGUGUCCUGGCUGCUAAUCUCAUCUGCAGACUUCACAAGCCUUUUGACUUCCUGGCCCGCUUGCCUGGCUUAGUAGCACCAGGGGGAAUACUUGUUAUUACCUCCCCUUAUACAUGGCUGGAGCAGUUCACACCUAAGUCCACCUGGCUUGGCGGUUAUCGUGAUGAGAAGGGAAAACCGGUUACUGGUUUUGACACACUGAAAGCUCAGCUCUCUCACGCCUUUGACCUUGUGGAGGAGAUGAAUGUGCCAUUUUUCAUCCGUGAAACAGCGAGGAAAAAUCAGUGGACAGUGGCUCAUGUGACCAUCUGGAGGCGAAACUGAUAUGCUAAUUUCAGUCAAAUGUUGCAGUUAUCUUGCAGUAAGCUACUAAGAAAUUUUAUUUUCACCAGCUAAUUACCUUUGUGUAAGGAGCCUCACGAGAUCGUAUGGAAGUAAAGUAAAUCGCACACAACUUCACAUCACUUUUCACUAACUAAUUACCCUUUGGUACUGCAGUGGUGGAAAAUUCCAUGAAAUUAUCGAUUUACCAUGAAUACAUACGGGCUCCAUGUUGUUGAUAACUAGGUCAUUGUGCAGUCAAACCUUGGAUGUCGUGCUUGCUUAGGGUUAGCAGAAUGGGGAGGUGGGAAGGGUAGUUUAACAGCGCUACAAUGCACACAUUCACAUAUGUGAUAUGUAGAAAUAUGAUGAUAUGCUUACUAAUAUUUGUUCCUAGACAUUAAUGCAGAUACACAAAAAGUGUACUGUUUGGUCCUUGAGUCAUCUAUAUCUGAAAUUUACUCGAAAGGUAGGGCAGCGUCAUGUAAAGGCAUGUUUAACCUGGGAUAUAGUCCAAACUAUGUCCCAGGUUUAAUCAAAAGAAGAAUUCUGGUGUGAUC